AUGUCAGAACAAACCACCAAAAAAGAUGCAUCUACUUCCACAGUAUCUAAUGAAAAACUAUCACCAGUUAUAUUCUGUAUAGGAAUGGCGGGAUCUGGUAAAACUACAUUUAUGCAAAGAUUAAAUUCAUAUUUACAUCAAAAGAAACAAAUUCCAUAUGUUAUAAAUUUAGAUCCAGCUGUUUUAAAAGUACCAUUUGGGUGUAAUAUAGAUAUCAGAGAUUCAAUAAAGUACAAAAAAGUGAUGGAGGAGUACAACCUAGGUCCCAAUGGAGCUAUUGUAACAUCAUUAAAUUUAUUCAGUACUAAAAUAGAUCAAGUUAUAAAAUUAGUCGAUAAGAAGCAAGAUAAAAUUAAAGAAGUGAUUGUUGAUACCCCUGGUCAAAUUGAAUGUUUUAUAUGGAGUGCAAGUGGAUCUAUAAUAACAGAAGCAUUUGCAUCAACUUAUCCAACAAUGAUUGCCUAUAUUGUAGAUACACCAAGAAAUACAAAUCCUACAACUUUUAUGUCAAAUAUGUUAUAUGCAUGUUCAAUACUAUAUAAGACAAAAUUACCAAUGAUUGUAGUUUUUAAUAAAACAGAUAUACAAAGUUGUGAAUUUGCAAAAGAGUGGAUGUCAGAUUUUGAGGUAUUUCAAGAAGCUAUUAAAACAAACCAAGAAUUAAAUAAUGAAAGUUCAAGUGGAUACAUGACUUCGUUGGUGAACUCAAUGUCAUUAAUGCUUGAAGAAUUUUAUCAAAAUUUAGAUGUUGUUGGAGUAAGUUCAUAUACGGGACAAGGAUUUGAUGAAUUUUUAGAUGCUGUAGAUAGUAAAGUUGAUGAAUAUAAUGAAUAUUAUAAAGCUGAAAGAGAUAGAAUAUUGAAUAAAAAAGAAGACGACGAAAAGAAAAGACAAACUCAAAGUUUAAAUAAGUUAAUGAAAGAUAUGGAUAUGAAUACAAAAAAAGAUAGUGAAGUAUUAUCUGAUUUUGAAAAUGAGGAUGAUGUGGAUGAAGAAUUACAAGGUGAAGUUUAUCCAGAUGACGAAGAAGAGGCUUUGGGAAAUCCAUCGAGAGAGUAUACUUUUCCAGAGGAUAGGUCAAAUGAAUUAAAUGAGUCAACCGAUAGUGAUAUAAGAGAUAGAUACGCCAAGGCCAUGGAAGAUAGAGGAAAUCCCAUUUCUUCGGAAACUGCAGAAAAUAUUGCAAAAUAUAUAAAUAGAAGUCAAUAA